UGUAAACCGCGCUUAACGUCCGAUUUGACGUUUGUGACAUUAACCUCCAUUUCCAAUUGUCAUGUUCAUAUACACACAAUUUUUCGUAUUAUUUCAACCGUUUUGAUUUUUCCCAACCAAAUCGCCAGUGUCAUCACAUGAAUUAAACCUACGAUAAGUUUAUUCCGAAACACUAUGAAAUAUAUCAGUUGAUCGACGAUGUACGGGUGGGGAAGCACCAUACACGGCGAAUUGGGCCUGGGUGGCGUCGAAGAGGAGCACGUCCUGGCCCCCACGAACCUCGACUGGUAUCUGGCCAACAAAGUGAUCGAGGCCGCCUUGGGCGACAACCACACUCUACUGCUCACCAGCGACGGCAAAGUCUUCUCCUGCGGCAACAAUGACUACGGGCAAUUGGGCCACGACCAACCGAGGAAGAGGCCACGUAUGUCUUUGUUUAAGGCCGUAACGGGCUUGGAGGCCCACCAGAUCAUCCGGGUGGCGUGCGGCUCGAUGCACUCGAUGGCCUUGAACCAAUGGGGUCAGGUGUUCUCGUGGGGCUCCGAUUACCACGGGCAACUCGGCCAGAGCAUCGGCGAAGACAUCUCCAACGCCCCGAAGAUAAUCAAAGCACUGGCUGCCUAUCACGUGGUGCAAAUCUGCUGCGGACAGAGGCAUUCCGUUGCUCUGGCUAACAAUGGUGAUAUCUUGGCUUGGGGAGCGAACAAUUUCGGACAGCUCGGUUUAGGCGUCAGUUCGCAAACGGAACCCGUCCCGAAGGUCCUAACCUCAUUAAAAGGCAUUCCGUUCUCUUUUAUCGCCUGCGGGGCCAAUCACACGUUCGCCAUAUCGAAAUCCGGAGCCGUUUACGGAUGGGGUAAGAAUACGAGAGGCCAAUUGGGCCUGAACGACAACGAGAACAAGAUAUUCCCGACGCAAUUGAGGACGUUGCGCAACAUCAAAGUGAGGUACAUCGCUUGCGGCGAGGAAUUUUCGAUGUUUUUGACAUUGGACGGGGGCGUUUUGACUUGCGGCGCCGGAAUGUACGGCCAAUUGGGGCACGGUACAACCAGCAAUGAGAUUUUACCUAGACAAAUAAUCGAACUGAUGGGCUCGACCAUCACCCAAAUAGCCUGCGGCAGACAGCACUCGUUGGCUUUGGUGCCUUCGCGCGGCCGCGUCUACAGCUUCGGCAUCGGCGGCGCCGGCCAAUUGGGCCUGCGCAAACCGGCGAGCGCCGCGACGCCCCAGGUCGUGCUCGGUCCGUGGGUGUCGCCCAGCGGCAUAUCGCUCAUACCGACCGCCAGCGACGUCAAGAACUUGAUCAUUCAAAGGGUGUUCGCCGGCGGCGACCAUUGCUUCGUGACUGUGAUAAAAAAGGACCUCAACGUGCCUCUGUUCGAUUGUCGAGAGAUCGAUACCAGAACGCAAAUACUGACGAUGAGCAAGGACUACGCCAAAACGUUGUUGCGCAUCUCGCCGAAAUCGAAAGUCGACCAGGACGUGUGGAACUUCUUGGAGACGGUGUUCAAGAGCCUGGCCUGUUUGAACGGUUCGUUUCUCUUACCCGACGACGAGCACUACUAUUGCACCAGCAAACAUCACGGCGUCGACGUCGCGACGACCGACGCCGCCUUUUCGUCGAUCGGCAAAAUCGAGAACAAGAGCAUCAAGGAGUUGAUAUGGAAUUGCGUGGUGGACGAUCUGUUGCCACAUUUGUCCAGAUCGCCUCCGGACGUCGAGGCGCUGAGGAUCUAUCUCACGUUGCCCCUUUACCAUGAAUUUAACAAUCCCAAGCAGUACGCCAGGUUGCAGAAACCUUUCGCCAGCGCUGUACUGAACCUGAAGAAACCCGCCAGUAAGGUAGUCUCCGGCUGGUGGAGCUCGACGAGUUGCGAUUACUUCGAGAGGCUCGUCAACGUGUUCAAAUCGGUGGCCAGUUACAUAUUAAGGAAUCAGAACAUACCCCAAGGAAGGAUAGCCUUUUACGAUGCUAGUCUAGUGGCCAUGUUGGAUUUGCUGGCGUUUUUGAACAAGAUCAAUCACAGCGUUGAAGGGUUGAAAGUGCCUUACGAUACCUUCCACAUGAACGAUCUAUCGGACUAUUUGGACGUUCGCUUGGACUACGUCUAUUGGUUGUCUGAUCACGGGACGGGCAGGUUGUUCCUGUGCAACUAUCCCUUCGUAUUCGACGCCAAUGCCAAGGUUCAAUUGCUGGAAACCGAUCAAGCUUUACAGAUGCAAAAAGCCAUGAACGACGCCGCCCAACGGGCCAUGGUGGCCAUGCUAUUUUCGCCGCAGGACUACCAUUCGAUCAACAGCUUCCUCAUGUUGAACAUCACCCGAGAACGCAUCGUCGACGACGCCCUCAGAGAACUGAGCCACGUCGAUCCGGCCGAUCUGAAGAAACCGCUCCGCGUGAAAUUCGCCGGCGAAGAGGCCGAAGACGCCGGCGGCGUCACCAAAGAAUUCUUCUUGCUGUUGCUGCGCGAGAUUUUGGAUCCGAAGUACGGCAUGUUCCAGGAGUACGAGGAGACGCGCGCCAUUUGGUUCUCGGAGACGUGCUUCGAGGAUAAUUCCGUGUAUUUUCUCAUCGGAAUGAUCCUCGGCCUGGCCAUCUACAAUUUCACCAUCAUCGACAUACCGUUCCCGUUGGCCCUCUACAAAAAGCUGCUGGGCGAGCCGGUGUCGUUGGGCGAUCUGAAGGGCCUCUCGCCGGCCGUCGCGAAUUCCCUGCAGAGCCUGCUCGACUACGAAGCGGCCGACAUGCAGGAGGUGUUCUCGCUGUGCUUCGAUCUCACGCGCAGCUCCUUCGGCGAAACCACCACCGUACCGUUGAAACCGAACGGUUCCGACGUGCCCGUCACGCAGGAGAACAAACAGGAGUACGUGGAUUUGUACGUGAAUUACAUAUUUAACGAGAGCGUAGCGCUUCAAUAUCAGGCCUUCCACGCCGGUUUUAUGAAAGUGUGCGGGGGCAGGGUGUUGCAAUUGUUCCAUUCGCACGAAUUGAUGGCCGUCGUCAUUGGUAACGAGAAUUACGAUUGGCACGCGCUAGAAGAAGUGGCCGAAUACAAGAACGGGUACACGUCUUCUGAUCAAACGAUCAGGUACUUCUGGGAGGUGAUUCACGAGAUGCCUUUGGCCGAUAAGAAGAAGUUUUUGUUGUUCCUGACGGGUAGUUACCGGAUUCCUAUACAGGGUAUGAAGGGUAUUAAGAUAUAUAUUCAGCCGACAAACGACGAAAAAUUCCUGCCGGUUGCUCAUACUUGUUUCAAUUUGUUGGACUUGCCUAGGUAUAGAACGAAAGAACGGCUUAAAUAUAAAUUGAUGCAAGCUAUUCAACAGACCGAAGGGUUUCAUCUCGUUUAAGUUUAUUAACAUUUUUUACUAAUUGCUAUUUUGGAUUGUUAAUUUUAUAUGAAUACAGAUAGAACUUCAAAAAUUAAUUAUCGGUCUGUUUCGAUUGGUGGUUAUACUUCUUAUUUCUCGUUGGAGUUUUCAAAAAUAUCAAAGUUAUUUUGCUUUGCGUGUUCUUUUUAUACGUUUCUAUUUUUUUUUAUAUACAAAAAUUAUCGAGAGGUGUAUAGUUGGUAUAGUUCUUAACUCGAUUAUUGUUACGACUAUCAUGAAUAUACAGGGAGUCCCAAUAAAAAGUAGCCCCUUUAGUGAGCUAAUAAUUUCUAGCCCAUUAAAGGGGCUACUUUUCAUUGGGACACCCUGUGUUAUGACUAGUUUUGUUUCGAAGAGAAUCACUUGUAUACUAUAAAUUUAUAUUAAAAAAAAAUGUUGAUAUUAA